AUGGGUUGGAAACAUUUCGCAACUAGGCUCUGGCUCUGGUGCAAGUCCCGGGUGACCGCCUAUCAUGGUGCGUUGACCAAGGACUUUAACUACGCGUCGGAUUUCUUCUUCGGAUUGGACUUUCUGAUGGUGACGGCCGGAAUACGAUUUCGCUCGGACAAUGUGAACCUCCAACGCUGCUGGAACAUCUACCGUUGGCUCAUCUAUUGCCCGUUGCCAGUCGCUCUGUGGAAUACGUACCUCGGCGUAAAACGUGGGGAAAGCUUUGUAAAUUUGCUGAACAGCAUGCAAGCAAUACUGUGCGUAGUUAUCAGUUCAGUGCGAUGGGCUCUUAUUAUUUGGCAGUAUGAACCAUUGAUGGAGAUCAAGCGAUACUUGAAUGGCAAGCAAUUUGGAAGGAAUCUGGAUCAGUCACUUGGAAUCCGCAGUGCAGUUUUCUACCAGAUUCGAACAAUAGUGAUUCGCGCCAUUGGGUGCAUGUGUGCAUUCACUGUCACUGUUCCAGCUCUUGACAUUUCAAAUCACCACUAUUUGAAGUUGCCGUUUGAUGUUCGGGAGCAUUUUCCGUGCGUUCAGUUCUUAAUUGAGAAGUCAUAUUUCAUAUGGAUUUUCGGAAUACUCAUGUUGAUUGUACUAGUGUAUCUGCUAUUCUUCAUGAUCCUCACAGUGCUAACUGCGGAAGCGAAUAUAACUGCGUUGGCGUUCUCUGCAGUAUUGGACAGCACCAGGAAAAGAGUUAAUUUGAAACUGCAAAUGGAACCCGGCAACUCUCGCCAAUUUGAAGCAAAGACAAAGUACUACUUUUGGAAGUUUCUUCAAGAAGAGGUAGGCAAAUGUGUCCAGCAGCACGUUGAUUUCCUCGCGAUGAAAAACAAAAUUAAACUACUGUUGAAUGCCAGCUUCUUGGUCAUUUACUACUUGACCACGCUCAGCUUGGCCAGUGGAGCGAUUUAUCUGUCCCAGAUGACAUCCGUUACGAUCUUCUCGCUGCAUACGUUAUCGUACUGUCUCUGGAUCGCCUUCGAAUGUGGUUCAUUGACGCGAUUAGUGGACCUGCUGACUGACGCGAGCGAAUCAAUCGGAUGGGCGAUGUACGAGCUGGCAUGGCCAACGGAACUGCAGUACGACGAGCGGUUCCAGGCGGAAUAUCGGUCCGUGCGCGAAGCAAUGGCGAUCGUCAUGACGGUUUCCCAGCAACCGCUGGGAUUCGACUGCUUCGGGUUGUUUGAAUUUAACCUGGAACGGUUCUACGAGCUGCUCAAUAUGGCGUACAGUUUUUACACGUUCCUGAGGGAUUUUGUGUGAAAAAUGGAUUUAUUAUUUUAAGAUAGAUGUUUGAUGAUUUUUUCAUGGUUCAUCGUAAAUCAAUUUAAGAGAAAACAAACUGCUAAGUUCAUGUCAAAUGUAUUUUAAGGAGAGGUAAAAACUUGACAACAUAUAUAAAUUAGACACAAGAUUUAUUUAAGUUAAUUUGCAAUUAUUAGUUUUAUGGU